CAACAUGAAAAUAAGUACAAAGCUUGACAAAUAAUCUAAAGGCCAAACACCCCCUAAUUAACCAGUAGCCGGAGCUGAAAAAAAAAACAACAGUUGAAGGAAAGCAGAGAAAGAGAAUGGAGUGGAAAGCAGACGAGAAAGAAAUAAAAGCAGCCGGAGCUGAGCUUCUGAGUGACGGACUUCGGAUCCACGGCUGGGAGAUCCAUUCCUCCAAUCGUUCUUGUCUCACCUCUCUCAACCUCCAAUCAUGGGAAGAAAAGCUCGAGACAUCUCACUUGCCAGAGAUGAUAUUUGGGGACAGUUUUUUGGUUCUUAAACACAUGACCAGUGGAACCAAAAUUCACUUUAAUGCGUUUGAUGCUUUAGUCGGCUGGAAGAAGGAACGCCUGCCACCAGUUGAAGUUCCCGCAGCUGCCCAGUGGAAAUUUAGAAGCAAACCCUUUGAGCAGAUUAUUCUAGACUAUGAUUACACUUUCACAACCCCUUAUUCUGGCAGUGAAACUGUUGAGACUAGCAGAGAAGCAGAUCCAGGGGGAAAUGGUUUUCUUAAAUGGGAGGACUGUGAAGAACAGAUCAAUGUGGCUGCACUCGCAUCAAAAGAGCCUAUUCUGUUUUAUGAUGAGGUGAUUUUGUAUGAAGAUGAGUUGGCUGAUAAUGGAGUCUCACUUUUAACUGUGAAAGUGAGAGUGAUGCCUAGUUGUUGGUUUCUUCUUUUACGUUUCUGGCUCCGAGUGGAUGGUGUUCUUAUGAGAUUAAGGGACACUCGUGUUGUUUGCAAUUUCAGUGAUGAUACACAACCUGUUAUCCUUCGUGACAUCUCCUGGAGAGAAUCUACAUUCAAGGCAUUGGCUUCUAAAGGAUAUCCUUCUGACUGUGCCUCGUAUAGUGAUCCAAAUGUCAUCAGCCAAAGGCUUCCCAUCGUCAUGCAUAAGACCGAAAAGCUUAAGGUUCCCGAUAACUUAUAAGCUUUACCUUAAUCCAGUAAUAUCAACUUUUGAAACAAAUAUGUAUUUUAUAUGACAAUUAGCAGUGGUGUUAUAUCCUUUUUAGACUAGUGAAAGAAGCCUGCAUCUUUGAAGCGUUUAUAAUUCUGAUUCAAAUAUCCCAUGAUUCAUUUUAGUGGUGUUAUAACUCUGAUUGUUAUUCUGCGUAGCAGCUAUCUUAAAGUGUUUAUAGUUCUGAUUCAAA